AUGUCGCAGAGCCGGCCGGCUAAGUCGUCCCAUUCGAAGGAGAGUGAGGACCUCGUCACGAAGGCACACCUCGAGCAGCUCAAACCGGAGAACUCGGCGGCGUUUGCCUUCAAGUACUUUGACGAGCUCUCGAGCCACGAGAACCCGAUAUUGACGGCGGAGUACAAGCAGUUGCCUGACGACUCGCAGUUCAUCGACAAGCACUACGACGAGUUGGUAAAGUACAGAGACCUCAUCUGCGGCGUUGGCGGCCAGUUCGGGGAGAUAUCGGGCGUGCCGGAGCUCUUUUUGCGUUUGAGCAAGGUCCACCCGAAACACGUGGUGGCUUCUACAGACGGACCGGAACAGACGGAGACACAGGCCAUUCAGGGCCCAGCCAAGGAGAUGAAGGACUCGUUCCUCAAGAUGCAGGUGGACCAGUUCGACCAGUUUGUCAUCGACCUUAUGAACGCGCUGAGGCUCAACGGCGGCCACCUCUUUGUCCUCGACUUGCUCAUCUACAACAACCAGGUGUUUGACCACUGCGAGCGCACCCACCACACCGUCUAG